AUGGGAUUACCAGUGUCAAACCAUAAGCGUGUAAUCAUUCCCACCUACAAAACAACAGACCACGUACCCGAAUACUAUCUUGAUCCUCAUAGUGGAGGGUUUAUUCCAACGGGAUAUUUCUUGGAUAAUUUGGAUAGCAUCGGACCUCAACACUGGCAAAACUGGUAUUCGUCUGACAUAACAUUACAUGUCGUCGGGACGACAUAUAAUGGAAAUUACAAUCACAAUAAUAAUGUUGGACAUUAUCGAUUUUGCAAUAACGCUAAUCAAAUGAAUCAGCUUGGACUCAUAAACGAUACAAUGGUUUCCGAAUCUGGAUUUGGAUCCGAAGAUAAUAUUACAAUAACAGUUCCUCACCCAGAAGUAUUUGAGCCUAUCCUACACUGGUUGUACCAUCAUGACGAUGACUCAUGGCUAGACGAAAUGUCUUUGGAGAAUUUCCAGCAGAUUUACGAGAAUGUGAAAUAUUUAAAAUUGGGAAAAGAAGCGUACGAUGUAUUGGAUCAAUUCAUUUUAGAAGUGGAAGAGACCGGGAUUGAAAUUAAAAUCGACGGAGUCGUGGAAUGA